AUGCCCACACUCGACCAAAGUCAUAAAUAUGCACAUAUAUCCGUCCUCCGAACCAUCAAUGAACAACUGAUAGCUCCUGGAGCAGCUCUGGAAGUUCGCUUCCAGUGUCUCGGGUUCGCAGAAGGGUUGCAAAGACGAUGCAGCGAUUCAGCACAAGGUUUCCCUGCGCACCGGCCUGAUAUGAUGAGAAAGACGCGCCAAGCCCUUGAAAAGGAAGAAGUAUCUGCCGAUGAUUUUGUCACCAUUGUGAGAUCUAUGUUCUGCGGCUAUCACGAUCGCUAUCCAAAACACAAUCCUAGUUGCAGAGAUCAUCUACGGCAACUUUGGACGACCGCAAAUCCGGUGGCGAAGAUGAACUUCAAAAACGCAAUUUCAAGGGGCCACAAUGAUAUCUUCAGAUAUUACGCAGGAUUGCAGGGCUGUCAUGUGGAUGACGUUGAAGAUGCGAUCAAGACUGAAGGGCUCGUCCCUACGGCACACAAAGAUAGCAACGAUUCGCAAAUUAUUGUGUACGAUGACACGCAGCACACUUUGCUAGCAAACAUCCGCGAGCUAGUUGGAUUGCAAUCAAUGUAUUCGAAGAACCACCCAGACGAUGGCGAGUCGUUCAGUGGAACAGGCGCAACUACUUCCGGCGUAUCAGGACCAACAGUUUCAACGCCUUCACAUGUGACUCCUGCGAGCCAAGGCUUCGAUUUUAGCUUCCAUUCGAGGGCAUCUACAGCAAGUAGAAGUCCAGAACCUGGCGUAGAGAAGAGCAGAGCUUCUAAAAACUUAACUGGCCACACAAAAUUCCCAUUUUUCGAAUCUUCGAAGGCAGGUCCGAAUUCGCAUCCAACGCCUUCUGUAAAACCUUCGAGAAGUUCGCCCAUUCAAGAUGACCUUGAACAAGCUGAGGGGGGCAGAAACACUCGGGGGCAUACACCCGAAGGGACAAAUAUAGGAUCCAAGCCGGGCAAAAGUUCUUCUGCGCAGGCAUCAGCUGAAGACACACCGACCCUAUUCACUAAGAAGACUGGGCAGUUUAGGAAGGAAGGGAGCCUGUUUCCAAAAUUUUAUGAACAGGGAUCUCCUAGCCCUCCCCAACCAUUUUCGAAUCCCACAACGCCCAAUCAAUCCUCUGCUCGAGUAGAAAACGCAAUGGACACAGGCACACCUAUCAAACGCGGCUUAUUCAGUUCAGGAAUAUCACGCAACGGGACACCAAGGCCAAAAAGUACAAGGGGCGUCGCCGAAGAUAUUAGGGACCUCCUGCGUAAGCCUAUCAACGUUGAUAACAUAGGCUACAUCUAUGUUCUGAAAGCACCCCUCUUUUUCGAUCAGUUUCCACCAUCUCGAGAUCAGGCAGAACCAGAGCACUGGGUUAAGAUCGGGAUCACUCAGAACCUCAACGAGCGCUUGGACAGUCUAAUUAGUCAAUGUGGAAUGUUGGACUUGAUUGAAUGUGGUGACGACGAUAUGUAUCAAGACCGGAAGCCAAUGCCUAUACUGCGUCGUGUGGAGGCACUGUGUCACAAGGAACUGGAACACUACAAGAGGCCCUUGAAUUGCAACUUGAUAACAAGUACUCCCUGCGGCACUACUCACAGGGAAUGGUUCAAUGUGACAGAGAGUGUUGCUGUCAGGACGGUAAAAAGGUGGCUCAGAUUCGUUAGUAUGAACCCAUAUACCGCGUCUGGCGUCUUGGAUACAGGAUUUUGGGAUGACAGGGUAUCGAACGGAGAGUAUCUCAGGACUUCUAGGGAUGAGGACGUUGAUCGUGCUCAUGAACGGUAUCAAUCGUGGCUUGAUGCUAGUAUUCAGCAAUAUGUGACGAAGAUGACGGAGGAGAAGUUGAACAAACUGAGCGUAGGUAAUGGUGUUCCAUUCAAAUAG